GGAGUUGAAGACCACACAUCUUCAUGCGUCCAAGGUUGAUAAGCACUGUUCUACACCAUUUCUGGCAGUCUCUUCUUGAAAGCUUCCAGUGGUGAAGCUCCCACAACUUCUGAAGGCAACCUGUUGAUUGUUUUCACUGUCAGAAAAUUUAUCCUUAUUUCUAGGUUGAAUCUCUCAAAAUAUAUGAUCUGUGCCCAUUGUGUGCAAUGCGACUUAUUUCCCAGAAUUUCUUCCUGUGGAGGCUUGUUGCUGAUGAUCUUCACAAAAACAUCAAGAAGCAUUUAAUUUAACAAAGUACGCAUUGGAAUAACCUCCUCUACGUGUACCCAUACUUUUCCAGAAAACUGGAAGGCACCAGGUUGGGAAUGGCUGUAAUAAAGCAGAGAUUUGGAACUGAAGCUUCCUCUGUGAAUCUUAAAAUGAAUCUUAAAAUGGAUCAACUUUUUAAAACAGGAAAAAUAGUACUGCCUUGUUUGGCUAAUUGGGUCAUGUGCUGCCAAAGGCAGAGUUACAGGUCUUACUGCAAUUUUCAUAAAAAACAAAAGCUUUUUCCACAAAUGAAUCUGCGGGAUGACACUGAAGCAUUCCAGGAGAGCAGAUCUGGAGAACCAAUGUGUAAAAGCCAAACAUUGAUGUUACAAACUGGAUUGAUUUGUCCUGCCAAUCCCGGAUGCUAUUACUAUAUGCCUUAUACUGUCCGAGCAAUGGAGAAGCUUAUCAAAGUUUUAGACCAAGAAAUGCAAGCCAUAGGUGGACAAAAAAUAAACAUGCCAACGCUAUGUUCAGGAAAGCUCUGGAAAGCCAGUGGGAGAUGGGACCUGAUGGGCAAAGAGCUUCUGCGAGUGACUGACAGGCAUAGUCAAGAAUAUUGUUUAGGGCCUACCCAUGAGGAGGCCAUCACAGACUUAGUAGCUUCUCAAGGCUCCUUGUCUUACAAACAGCUUCCUCUUUUGUUGUAUCAGGUGACAAGGAAGUUUCGAGAUGAGCCGAGACCUCGUUUUGGGUUACUCCGUGGCCGAGAGUUCUAUAUGAAGGAUAUGUAUAGCUUUGAUGUCUCUGAGGAGGCUGCCCUCCAGACCUAUUCCCUGGUGUGCAAAGCUUACUGCAACAUAUUCAGCCGGUUGGGGCUUCAGUUUCUGAAAGUCCAAGGAGCAACAGGAAGCAUCGGAGGGACAUUGUCUCAUGAAUUCCAGCUACCUUCCGAUGUCGGUGAGGACCGAUUGGCGAUGUGUACCAGCUGUGACUUUUCAGCCAAUCUAGAGAUAGUAAAGUCAGAUGAGAUGCGUUGCCCUGCUUGCAAAGGAGAACUGGUUGAGAAGAAAGGGAUUGAAGUAGGCCACACAUUCUUCUUGGGAACUAAAUAUUCUUCUGUUUUCAAAACUACUGUCCAAACUGCUGACAAUGUGCCCGUUCUAGCUGAAAUGGGAUGUUAUGGGUUGGGUGUCACCCGCAUCCUUGCGGCCUCCAUUGAGUUGCUUUCAACAGAGAAUGCCAUUCGUUGGCCAAACCUCAUAGCACCCUAUCAGGUUUGCCUUAUCCCUCCCAAAAGUGGCAGUAAGGCACACAAAGCAACAGAAAUCAUAGAGGAUUUACACAGGUGUGUUGCUGAAGCCAUACCCCAACUUAAAGAAGAACUUGUGCUGGAUGACCGGACUCAGUUCACCAUUGGCAAAAGAUUAAAAGACGCUGACAAACUUGGCUAUCCUUUUGUUAUAAUAUGUGGGAAGAAGGCUUUGGAUGACCCUCCUCUCUUCGAAGUGUGCAACCAAAACACGAGUGAAACCCUAUUCCUUACCAAAGAGGCCACAAUUGACUUGCUACGUAAAGUCCACGUUCCCUGAAGCCUGGAUUGUGGGUGGUGGCAGUUCUAAAAUAUUAAAACUUUGUCAUAUCAAAACAUAAUAA